AUCAACAGGCAACAGUCUGGCGCAUUAUUAUCAAGCAGUGGACAUGGACGUGUGGGUAUUCGUGUGUGUUCUCUCUCUCGCGUUACUGUCUGGCGGCGCCGACCCCCCGGGACACAUGCAGCCCAUCGGGAGCCACGCCCCUCCCCAAACCUUGGAAAUUCUACGUGAUUUUCCACACCCCUCCGAUUUUUUUGCAAACUAUGUUAAAUCAGGAAAACCUGUACUUUUUAAGUCCAUUUUGGAGAACAUUGAUUAUAAACCAUACAAGGCUUGGACUGACGAGUACUUAAGGGAGAGGUUCGGGCACUACGAGGUGGACGUGGAGACGGGGAAGAAGGAGGAUCGUACCAAGGAGCUGAAGUCCCAGACCCUCCGUCACUUCCUGGACGAGUACCGCCAGGCGGACGUGUACCUGGUGCAGGACCUCACUGCCGCCAUGAAAGAGGACGUGGAUGUCCCUUACAGUCUACGCUGUGGAGGUUUCCAGAAGCUGUUCACGAAGACGAUAGCGUGGUUCAGCAGCGGCGGCACCAAGUCCGUCCUCCACAUGGACGAGUUCGACAACAUCAACUGCCUCCUGGACGGCACCAAGGACCUCGUCUUCUACGAUAAGAAAUACGGCCCUGAUAUCGAGGCUGACGGCUAUGUGUGGGAUGGGUCCUACAGUUCGGUAGACGUGGACCGAGUAGAUAUGUACAAGUUUCCCCGCUUGAGUGAUCUCCCCUGGUUCAAGGCACACAUGGAGAAAGGGGACUGUCUCUUUAUACCAUAUAGAUGGUACCACCAAGUGAACUCAUUCGGCAGUCGGAACUUGGCGGUAAACAUCUGGCUGCACCAUCUAUACUGGUUCAACACUACUGACUGCACUGCCGAUGAGACGUGGAAGACGCAGGGCUCCCUCACGAAGUACGGCUUCGGACAGCUCCAGGAGUCGCUCAGGGACCUGGUGUUUGAGCCGUUGCACAUGGAGGAGAGUCUGACGGAGGAGGAGUUUCUGGAGAGAUGGAGGGAGAUCUCAACUGACCGGGACGCCAGUUCAAAGAUAUUCCACCAUAUUGACGUCAACGGGGACGGCGUGUGGACGUGGGACGAGCUGUACACGUUCAACGUGGAGCAGGUGUUCACGAUGUACCCCAAAGGUUUCGGCAACGACUUCCGGGAAGAAUACCGGAGCAAGAAAGACAUGAUGGAAACGUUUCUCACAUCGAACGACCAACAGGAGAACGCCAUGACAAGAGACGAACUUUAGAAGAUAUCGCUAACAGUUUGUAAUACCAUCUACACGUCAGUCAUUGGAAGAUCCGUUCAAGCAUUUAUAGUGGUUUGCUGUAUUUAUCUGUGUCUGCAUGGCGCAGAAAUAACACUCAGUAUCUAUACACACACAUAUGCAGAAACACACAUAAUCGCACACACUAUCACAUGCGCGCAACGCACAAACGCACCUAUGUUUCACUACAGUGGCAAACGGGUUCCAGUGUAUAUAUUUCACAUGAAGCUUACUGGCCGUGUUAUACCUGAUAUAAUGUUUAAAACAACGUUACAAAACUCAAGUCACAGAUUCAUAACAUUCUUUAAAGAUUGUAUAACGUCAUAUAUUACACAACCGACCGGAAUCAAUAAACUGUACUUCCACCGACAAGGAAGUCAAUUAUAUCAGGAAGUCGUGUUGAGGCAUAAAAAGCACAAAACUUCAGUUUAAAUGAAUUUUGCAACGUCUAGAUCUGUAUAUCUGUAUAUGCAUACAGAGUGGUGAAGUGUGUUUUGCUAUUUAGAAUUGUAUCAUAUAAAUGUAAUUAAGUUUGACAUUCAAUCAGCUCAUUGCUGGGUUCGCUUCUGGGGAAUAAAGAACAUCAGCAUUACGACGAACCAUUGUUCUUGAGGUUGAUUCUGAGCUAGGAAUUCACUGGCCAUUCUGAACGGACAUUUUAAACAGUAAAACCGAUGCAACUAUUGGUCAUUAUGCAAAUUUACAGAGUAAAUUAAACAUCAACAUAACAUGGGGCUCUUUAAUUCUACUUCCGGGUUACAUUGAUGCUCACGAUUGCUCCACCAGGGAACACACACGCUGAUGCACGGGGUAUUUCAUUACUCAAGCUAAAACAUCUCUUCUUACAGAUCUACACCUGUUUUGUAUGAUCAUGUAUCUGAAAAUAAAACAUUCACUAAAA